UUGAAUUUUUGCCUCGGAGCACGUUCUUCAUUUAGUCGCUAGUCGCUGAAGACUUUCCGCCAUCUUUGUUUUGUGACACUUCACCUGGAGGGAGAAAUGACCCCGAUGCAAUACCUCAGAUAAAAAGCUUUUUUUAUGGAACAAUGGAAUCGGGGAGACGGAAAGCAGAGGGAACAGGAUAGAAAAAUUCCACAAAACGUGAAACAAAAUUUUAAACCAAGCAAGCUUUUCCCUGACUUCCCUGUUUUUCGUUUUUACUGUUCCUCGAUUUUAUAGAUAUCCAGUCCUAAAAAAAUCAUUCGUGCUCACUCGUGGUCAUCCGUGGUCAUCGGUGGUCACUCGUAUUUACUUUUACACAAAAAUUAGUAGUUCUAAAAAGUACAUACGAGUGAACCACAAGUGACCACGAGUGACAACGGAUGGAUCACGAGUGACCACGGAUGGACCACGAGUGACCACGGAUGGACCACUAAUGGCUACGAGUGACCACGGAUGGCGCGCGCAUUGUGGCUUUACUUAUGCCAGGCUCGCACAAUAUGAAAAUGGAAGGCAAAUGAAAAGACUAUAGUCUAAAAGCUAAUAUUUAUAGCAAUACAAAGCGACUGGCCUCUGUAAAAGUCGAAAAUUCGAAUAUGAUGCAAUACACUAUCAAUAGGUCGUGAAAUACGUUUUUUGUAUUAAUUCCAUUUAAAACAAUUUUCCAAUUCGACACCAGAGGAAAUUAGCUGUAUCGAAGAUAAUGCAACAACUCAUCCUUCACUGUUCACUCCAUUUUUUGUAGAUAGACAUCGUCUUCAAGACAGCGAUAGCAACAGGUAAAAGUAGUUUCGUUCUUAUUUCCAGCAUUCAUUGUAAGUGCAUGCAUUUAACUGAAUUGUUUAUAGAGAGAAAGCAUACUUGUUGAAAAUCACGUCUCGUGAAGAAUCCCGUUUAUCUUAAGCCUAGUCGUAAAUGUCAUGAACAGGUCAUUUUCACCGAUUAGAAUUAGUCCGGAUGUGGAAACCAGGCAUUAGUAGCAGUGGCGUAGAGGAAGCACUAUAUAACUGAGGGGGGGGGGGUCAUAUAAUAUAUGAAUAAGUCCCCCCCCCUCAAUAGAUUACUUCUUAUUUAGAACAUGUAUUCCUGCUGAAGCUGAGCCGAUACUGAACUCAAGUUCGUGUUACCCUUUGGUCAAUUUCACCCGGCCUUUUUGUGAAAAUCAUGGUAUUAUGUUACCAAAGUACGUUUAUAGAACUCCGGAUUAUCAAAUUGAUAAAAACGAGGAAAUGAAUAGAGCUGAAAAAAGAGCUAAAAGGCUGGGCGAGUCAAAGAUUCGAAGUUGGUUCAAUAUCAAUAUCAGUAAAAUGCAACAAUGUUUUCGCAUUCUUAGUAUAUCUCUCUGUCAUUUCAUUUAUCCGAUUUGCGACCAAACGCAAAGCGUCUAUCAAGAGCAAAAAAUUUGCCGCGAAACGUAUUUUAACAUUAAACGCAUAUGCCAUGACAUUGUGGAAUUAUUUAUAAAAUAUGAUAUAAAUCGCUAUCCCGAGAGAAAGAAAUUGACCCGGGGGGAGCUGCAACCAUACAGGAAUGCUGGUGACUCGCCAGAAUGCUGGUACGAAGAUUUUGAAGACUUGACAGAUACAUCUCCGGAAGUUGGAUCGGCAGCCAUUCUGGGUAAGCAUGCAUACAUGAGCAUGCACACAUAUUGUCAAUUUAUUUUUUCCUUUACUAUGUCAUAGUUGUCAAACAAACUUGCAAGGAUAUAUGCUAACAAACUUUUACCAACUUUUUUCCCGACUUUUUUAUAAACUUGUGCGUUUUGCCUUUGCGUGAUAACUUUGGAUUCGCAUUUGCAGCAUUAUAGGUGUAAAUAUACAAGCGCCAUUACGCUGGCUGAGGGGCAACUUGUGUCUAUUUUCACUACGCACCUCAUGACGCUAUUUUAACACGCGAGUGGCCUAACCUGCUAAGCUGAGCUGUGCUUUUCCCACACAGAUUGUCUUUACUUAAACGGAAGCAGUUACCAUGGCAACAUAUCUGUGACAGCCUCGGAUAUUUAUGUCAGUCAUGGACAGAACAAUGUCCACAUCGUCAUACCAUGAACACCACAUAUCCAGAAUUAAAUAACGCCAAGAAUUACUGCCGCAAUCCCAAGAACUCGGGAAAAAGACCUUGGUGUUUUACUACAGAUAGAAACAAAAGAUGGGAGUACUGUGAUAUCCCUAAGUGUUCACCAGUUCACGGUAAUUAUGGCAAUUGGUCAUUAAAAGAAAAGUGUAAUGUGAGUUGCGGCGAAGGUUUUGAAACAUGGCUGCGAGAUUGUAAAAAUCCUGAGCCAAAGUUUGGUGGAAGAAACUGUAGUAAAAUCGGAGAACCAGUUGAAUACAGACCGUGUAGGGCAAAACCCUGUCCAGUCAACAGCGGUUAUGGCAACUGGAGUGUCAUUAUUCCUUGCAAUGUUUCGUGCGGUGAAGGAGUUGAAAUAUGGCAACGUAAUUGUGAUAAUCAAGAACCAAAUUACAGCGGCAGUAACUGCAGUGGGCAGGGAAACUCGAUUGAAUUAAGGAAAUGCAAAAGAAAAACUUGUCACAUUGCUGGUAGUUAUGGCAACUGGACAAAGGCGUCUCCCUGCAGUGUCACGUGUGGUCAAGGUGUUGAAAUAUGGAUGCGACUGUGUAAUAUACCGCCUGGAGCUGAUUUCAGUGAGAAUUGUAGUAAGCUGGGAGCAGCUUAUCGGUUUCAAGUAUGUGAGAUGAAACAUUGCUCAGAUCUUUCCAAAACCCGGACGAUUUCUAUUAUCAUUGCUACUGUUGUUUCUGUGUUUCUCGUCGUAGUUUUUGUUUUGAUCGUUCGAAAACAAAAACCCAAAGAAGACUCUUCACAUUCAGCAACUCCGGAAAACCGUCCUCGAGAGUACGGUAAUCUUACACCUGAUGGAAAUCCGAUUCCACACUAUUCACGUGGUGUUGUGCUGUGGAGAAGAGAUUAUGUCAACACACGUUGUUCGCAGAGCUCUUGGUAUGACAGACUCCAGCUUUUUCCACCAUUGGCUGUUGAUUGGCUUCGAAACGCGUGGGGAAAUUUUGAUGAGUCUGGCAACCAUGUAUAUGACGUCCUGGGACGUCAUGUCAGAAAUGUCUUCGUUCCUUACGACGAUUUGUGUUUCAAAACAAAUACGGUGCAAGAGGGAAAUGGGACAGAACUUUACGACACUCCAGAAAGAUCCUCAGCAGUCAUAUUACCCACAGAAAUUGCUAACUAUCCCACAACCCAGAUUGCUUAAUAAUUAACAUCUGUCUCUCUUCCCUAGAAGUCGUCUAGUUUUUUUUUAUCGAAGAACUCUCUCUUUACAGCGUUAGUAGUUUGGUAUUCAUUUUUGCAUUUUCCCCAAGCUUGGGAAAAUUUCCAGAAUUCAUUUCUCAUGCAGCACAUCUUCAGCAACAUUACCAAGCAAAUUCAAUGAGAUUUUAUUAUCGUACUUCGGGUCUAUUUUAUGUUAAAAUAAGGUUAUUCAUGCAACGCAACAUCGCGACAUGCACAGCUGGAUAGAGCAUCCGAAAAUUAGUAAAAUCAAAAACCUUUAGCAAUGAAACUUUAAGAAACCUGCAAGUUUUGUAUAAGUUAUCGUAAUAGUAAGGAAAUAGAGCAAACGAUCCUUACAUGAGGAGAAAACGCCUCACCGAUAUUACGAAUAACGCGUUACUGGAAAGUAAUUUUGCGAAAAAUAAUUGGCUGAUAAUUCUAUAACUUAUUGCUGCGGAGCGAGCGAGCCUGAAGCGAGCGAGCGUAGCAGCAGUCUAAUUUGUGCAGAGAGGGGGUUCUGAACUAAAUUUUAUUUAGCGCAAGGAAUUGUGGUCGUGCGCGUUUUUAUGCGUAGAAGACAAAUUUUAAACUCGCUCAUAUCCAUGUGCUUUUUCAUUUCGAUGGACAGGAUCUUCAAAUUUUUGUUAAACUUUAAAGCUUCUGUUCUAUUUGACUAUUCAAGGUAAGAUAUUUUCAUCUUUUGUUCAUAUGUUACGUUUACAGUUGUUUACAAUUUUAACUUGUAUAUUUAUGAAACGCCAAAAGCAUACACUCGAUCACAGCUAGAUUCAUGCUGUUUAUAUACGCACUAUAUAAAUUAUUCUAGAAUAUUAGGGUGUACUAUAUACAAUUUUCUAAUUCGCUUUGUUUGAGCAGUUGAGCUGUCAGUGCUGUGAAGCAAAUCAAGUCUUAUACAUACAGAUGCCUUAAAGUCUUUUUUAUCCAUUGACAUUUGUAUUCUUUUGCUGAUUUCCAUAUUUUGCGUCAAAUGAUGUUUCAAGUAUGCGGCUUGUCGCUUGCGAGUCGUGUUUAAUAACAUGACAGAGUCGCAGAUAAAAUAUGCAAUUGAUCGUCUAAAUUGCCUGACUGAAUCGUUCAGAUUCGUGAAAUGUUUGACUCAUUUAAAAUUAGGUUACUGUAAGCAUAGGCAUAUGUUUUUAUUCCUAUUUUACAAUGAGCUAAAUGUUUUUGUUAUUUAGUGCUUUUACCGGAUCUUCACGUGGUUUCUGAUUACACGUCUUCUCGAGCGCGUUCAAAGUUCAAAGUAUUAAGUGAUGUUUUGUUACUCUUCACAUGAAGCCAAACAUUUACAUGGACACAACAAAGACAAAUAGCAUAUUUAAAAAACAAAUAUCCAUGUUACCAAAAAAUGUUCUAUUUUGUUAAACAUGUGCUACUGGGCCUGUAUUUUCGCUUUGUUGCGGGGAAAAUGUCGCUACGCGCGCAAAAUUCUACUUAAUAUUACUAUUAUUGUUAAUACUCCUGUUGUGAUUCGUGUGUUAAAAUAUUUUUAAAACUAGCUGCUUCUAAAGACUUUGAUUAAACGAGCUGCAACUCGCAAGACAGCAUUGAUAUAGCAUAUAUUGACCUAAAUAUUGACGUCAUUGACAGUGUUCUCGCUAAUAGGUGUUAAUUCAUCAACAGCCCCAGCGAGUUAACGCUCAAUAGAGGCUCGCUUUGCGUUUUUUAAGCCUGCUAUUGCUAUUAGUUAAAACGGAUUUAGUUUACUAACAUUUCAUAUAACAAUUCACUUGGACCCUAAAAUGCUCGCAGCAAUCACUACCUUGCAGGUGACCUAGUUUUAGUAUAAAUUUCGAGGUGACUAGUGGUUUUCCUGCAUUCUGAUUGGUCAAAAUUCACCGUCUCUGAAGUGAUAGUCACUGGUCAGUGAGUGCAGAUUUUUUAUAUAAUUUUUUCAAAUUAAAAAUU